AUGACAGAGCUCUUGAGAAGUGUUGUCACUGUCAUUGAUGUUUUCUACAAGUAUACCAACCAAGAUGGGGAGUGUAGCACACUGAGCAAGGAUGAGCUAAAGGAACUUCUAGAGAAAGAGUUUCAUCCAAUUCUAAAGAAUCCAAAUGAUCCAGACACAGUGGAUGUCAUCAUGCAUAUGCUGGAUCAAGAUCAUAACCGAAGACUGGACUUCACUGAGUUUCUUUUAAUGAUAUUCAAGCUGGCUAUGGCCUGCAACAAGGUUCUUGGCAAGGAAUACUGCAAAGCUUCAGGGUCAAAGAAGCAUAGGCAUGGCCACCAACACCAAGAAGAAGAAAGUGAAACAGAAGAGGAAGAAGAGGAUACAUUGGGAGAGAAAUCAGGUUACAGACAUUCAAGUUGGAGUGAGGGAGAUGAGCAUGGACAUAGUUUGGGGAGCUCAAGGGUGACUGGGCAAGAUAAAUAUGAAUCCAAUGCCAGGAGGCUGGGAAAGCCAGGUAACUUAUCCAGUCCAGGGAACCAAGGGAGAGGUAAGAAAAGGUACCAUCGGUCUACCUGUGGUCACUCACGGAGUAGCAGCAAAGAGAAACAUGGUUAUAGCUCUGAAGAACCGGGAGAAAGAGAGGAAAAGUUAUAUGUUAGCUCCUCUAGGGAAUCUGAGGGAGAAUAUGAAUAUGGGUCUGGAUCAGAGAGUCAGGAAAGUAUAGUUCAUAGUGGGCUGACACAUGGACUAGAGACUAGAGGGCAUGAGUCAAACUCUACUCAGUCAACAAGGAGUAAAGAACAAAAACUUGACUCUAUCUCUGUAGAUUCGGGAGACGAUGGAAGACAAAGUUAUGCAUGUGGUUACAGUAAUUCAGGUAGGUGUGGAAGACCACAAAAUGCUUCUAGUUAUUGUCAGACAAAUAGAUUUGGAGGACAAGGAAAUCAGUCUAGCUGUACCCAGUCAAGUUGUCAGUUAGGAAGUAGCCAAGGACAAGGUUAUGGCUGUGCCUCAGGAGGUCAGACCUCUGGAUAUGGUCAACUUGAGCCUAGCUCCUGCAUCCAGUCCUCUAGUCACAGAGGAUAUGAAUCUAGAGAAUGUGGUCCACCACAGAACUAUGAGGGACAACAGAGAAUAGGUUCAAGUCAGUCCUCUUGCUGUGGGCAAUAUGGGUCUGAAUCAAGUUGGUCUUGUAGUCAUGGUCAACAUGGAUCUGGUUUAGGUCAAUCUUCUAACUAUGAGCAAAAUAAAACAGAAUGGAGUCAGUCCUCUGGCUUUGGACAACAUGGAUCUGGCUCAGGUCAAACUUGCUGUGGCCACUAUGGGUCAAGUCAAUCAUCUGUCUGUGGCCAACAUGGCUCUAGCUUAGGUCAAUCCUCUGGCUACAACCAACAUGAGUCUGGCUCAGGUCAUACAUCUGGCUAUGGUCAACAUGGCUCAGGCUUGGGUCAGUCCUCUGGCUUUGGACAACAUGGAUCUGGUUCAGGUCAAUCCUCUGCCUAUGACCAACAUGGAUCUGGGUCAAGUCAGUCCUCUGGCUUUGGAGAACACACAUCUGGAUCAGGUCAGUCAUCUGGCUUUGGACAACAUGAGUCUAGCUCAGGUCAUACAUCUGGCUUUGGUCCACAUGAGACUGCCUCUGGUCACUCUUCUGGCUAUGGCCAACAUGGAUCUGGUUCAGGUCAGUCUUCUGUAUUUGGACAACACAGGUCAGGUUCCAGUCAUUCCUCCGGCUUUGGACAACAUGAGUCUGGCUCAGGUCACACUUCUGGCUAUAGCCAACAUGGAUCUGGCUCUGGUCAUUCAUCAGGCUAUGGCCAACACAGUUAUGGCUCAGGUCAGUCCUCUGGCUUUGGACAUGAGUCUAGCUCAGGUCAUACAUCUGGCUAUGGCCAACAUGGCUCAAGCUCGGGUCAGUCUUCUGGCUAUGGCCAACAUGGAUCUGGUUCAGGUCAGUCCUCUGGCUUUGGACAACAUGGUUCAGGCUCAGGUCAGUCAUCUGGGUUUAGACGACAUGCAUCUGGCUCAGGUCAUACAUCUGGCUAUGGCCCACAAGGGUCUGGCUCUGGUCAGUCUUCUGGCUUUGGACAACAUAGCUCAGGCUCAGGUCAGUCCUCUGGCUUUGGACAACAUGGUUCUGGCUCAGGACAGUCCUCUAGCUUUGGACACCAUGGUUCUGGUUCAGGUCAGUCCUCUGGCUUUGGACAACAUGGAUCUAGCUCAGGUCAGUCCUCUGGCUUUGGGCAACAUGGGUCUGGCUCAGGUCAGUUUUCUGGCUUUGGACAACAUGGGUCUGGCUCAGGUCAGUCUUCUAGCUUUGGACAACAUAGCUCAGGGUCAGGUCAGUCUUCUGGCUUUGGACAACAUGGGUCUGUCUCAGGCCAGUCCUCUGGCUUUGGACAACAUGGGUCUGGCUCCGGUCAGUCCUAUGGCUUUGGACAACAUGGCUCAGGCUCAGGUCAUACAUCCAGCUAUGGUCCACAUGAAUCUGGCUCUAGUCAGUCCUCUGGCUUUGGACAACAUGGAUCUGGUUCAGGUCAGUCUUCUGGCUUUGGACAACAUGGGUCUGUCUCGGGUCAGUCCUCUGGCUUUGGCCAACAUGGCUCAGGCUCUGGUCAGUCUUCUGGCUGUGGCAAAUAUGGCUCAGCCUCAGGUCAGUCUUCUGGCUGUGGCCAACAUGGCUCAGCCUCAGGUCAGUCUUCUGGCUUUGGACAACAUGGGUCUGGCUCCAGUCAGUCCUCUGGCUUUGGUCAACAUGGAUCUGGUUCAGGUAAGUCCUCUAGUUUGGGGCAACAUAGCUCAGGUUCAAGUCAGUCUUCUGGCUUUGGACAACAUGGAUCUGGUUCAGGUCAGUCCUCUGGCUUUAGCCAACAUGGCUCAGGCUCUGGUCAGUCUUCUGGCUGUGGCCAAUAUGGCUCAGCCUCAGGUCAGUCUUCUGGUUUUGGACAACAUGGGUCUGGCUCCAGUCAGUCCUCUGGCUUUGGUCAACAUGGAUCUGGUUCAGGUAAGUCCUCUAGUUUGGGGCAACAUAGCUCAGGUUCAAGUCAGUCUUCUGGCUUUGGACAACAUGGAUCUGGUUCAGGUCAGUCCUCUGGCUUUGUACAACAUAGCUCAGGCUCAGGUCAGUCCACUGGCUUUGGACAACAUGGGUCUGGCUCAGGUCAGUCCUCUGGCUUUGGACAACAUAGCUCAGGCUCAGGUCAGUCCUCUGGCUUUGGACAACAUAGCUCAGGCUCAGGUCAUACAUCUGGCUUUGGUCCACAUGAGUCUGGCUCUGGCCACUCUUCUGGCUAUGGCAAACAUGGGUCUGGCUCCAGUCAUUCCUCUGGCUUUGGACAACAUGGUUCUGGCUCAGCUCAGUCCUCUGGCUUUGGACAUCAUGGAUCUAGUUCAGGUAAAUCCUCUGGCUUUGGGCAACAUUGCUCAAGCUCAGGUCAUACAUCUGGCUUUGGUCCACAUGAGUCUGGCUUAGGUCAGUCUUCUGGCUUUGGACAACACAGUUCAAGCUCAGGUCAUUCCUCUGGCUUUGGGCAACAUCGGUCAGGCUCAGGCUCAGGCUCAGGUCAUACAUCUGGCUUUGGACAACAUGAGUCUAGCUCAGGUCAUACAUCUGGCUUUGGUCCACAUGAGUCUGGCUAUGGUCACUCUUCUAGCUAUGGCCAACAUGGGUCUGGCUUAGAUCAGUCUUCUGGCUUUGAACAACACAGUUCGAGCUCAGGUCAUUCCUCUGGCUUUGGGCAACAUCGGUCAGGCUCAGGCUCAGGCUCAGGUCAUACAUCUGGCUUUGGACAACAUGAGUCUAGCUCAGGUCAUACAUCUGGCUUUGGUCCACAUGAGUCUGGCUAUGGUCACUCUUCUAGCUAUGGCCAACAUGGGUCUGGCUUAGAUCAGUCUUCUGGCUUUGAACAACACAGUUCGAGCUCAGGUAAUUCCUCUGGCUUUGGACAACAUGGGUCUGGAUCAGAGCAUUCUUCUGGCUUUGGGCAACAUGGGUCAGGCUCAGGCUCAGGCUUAAGUCAUACAGCUGGCUUUGGUCCACAUGGAUCUGGCUCAGGUCAGUCCUCUGGCUUUGGACAACUUGACCCAAGCUCAGGUCAUACAUCUCAUUUUGGUCCACAUGAGUCUGGCUCUGGUCACUCUUCUGGUUUUGGACAACACAGUUCAAGUUCAAGCCAUUCCUCUGCCUUUGGGCAACAUGGCUCAGGCUCAGGUCACUCUUCUGGCUUUGGACAGCAUGGAUCUGGCUCAGGUCAUACAUCUGGCUAUGGCCAACAUACUUCUGGCUCCAGUCAGUCUUCUGGCUUUGGACAACAUGGGUCUGGCUCAGGUCAGUCCUCUAGCUUUGGCCAACAUAACUCAGGCUCAGGUCAUACAUCUGGCUUUGGGCAACAUGUAUCUAGCUCAGGUCAUACAUCUGGCUUUGAUCCAUAUGAGUCUGGCUCAGGUCAGUCUUCUGGCUUUGGACAACAUAGUUCAAACUCAGGGCAUUCUUCUGGCUUUAGCCAACAUGGCACAGGCUCAGGUCAUUCCUCUGGCUUUGGACAACAUGAGUCUAGCUCAGGUCAUACAUCUGGCUUUGGUCCAUAUGAGUCUGGCUCAGGUCAGUCUUCUGGCUUUGGACAACAUGGGUCUGGCUCAGGUCACUCAUCUGGUUUUGGACAUGAGUUUAGCUCAACUACUCACAGGCAGUCGAGAGAUACCUCUAGACUCGCUCAUUCUGGUCAUGGACAAUCCACAAAGUCAGGGUCUAGUACAACUGGAAGAAGAAGAUCUAGUCACGGUGAAUCCAGUGACAGUGAAAUAUAUUCAGGAGUAUCACAUAGAUACUCAGGACCCACUCAUGGCCAGGCUGAAUCUCAAUAUGAAGAGUCAGGAUCCACAGUUGAUAGAAGGCAGAAAAGUAUUCAUGGACAGUUUGGGGAUACCACUGAACAUCCUCAAUCUGGUCAUGAACACAUCACACAGUCUGAGUCCAAUACACUUGUAAGGAGGAGAUCUAGUCACAGUGACAGUGAAGUGCAUUCAGAAGGCUCACACAGACACUCUGUUUCCACUCAUAGGCAAGCUAGGUUUUCCCCAAGACAAUCAGUAACUAACACAACCAGAAGUCAUGGAUUUAGCAAUGAACAAUCAGCAGACAGCUCUAGACAUUCUGUGUCUCAUCAAGGACAGACAUCCCAACAUGGACAAUCAGUAUACACACCAUCAGGGAGAGAGGGAUCUACUCAUGGACAGACAAGAGACAGAGUUACACACUCAAGGCCUGCUCAUGGGCAGCCCACAUCUUCCCAUGGACAGUCACUUUCUAGCACAAGAGACAGAAAUGAGUCCAGCCAUACACGGACUCAUGAUACUCACAGGCAGUCAAGGGAUAGUAUAAGGAAACAGUCAAGUAGUAGUCUCGGUUGGUCUCCAACAAGUCAUUUUCAGUCAGGAUAUAGUGGAAGACAAAGACAUGGGUCAAGUCAUGGCUGGACACAUGGGAGCUAUGGGCGUGCAGAAUAUGACUAUGGGCAGUCUGGUUAUGGACCUUCUGGAGGCAACAGAACAAGAAGCUGCAAUUCCAGCCCUUUGACAUUACCAUAG